CACGAAUGCCUCCCCCGCCCCACUAUUGGGGUCCAAUGCCUAUGAGGGGUCACAUGCCUGGUGGCCCACCACUACCGCCGCCUCAGUUCAUGCCUCCACCGGGAAGACCGCGUGAGUUGAUAGGCGUCCCCACCAUCGACAACAACAAUGUCCGUCACAAUCAACCCCUUUCUAAUCGCACUGUUAUUGAGCCCAACAUUCAGAUGGGAAUGAGAGGCGGUAUGCGAGGAGGCAGAGGGCAUAUGGGGAGAGGAGGCUAUAGGGGGCAUAUGAGGCGAGUGGUGAACGAUAACUCCGAUAAGACAUGUCUCGAAGUGCGAAAGAUUCCCUCAAAUCUGAACUCCAUUUUACACCUAAACCAACACUUCUCCAAAUUUGGAUCAAUUGUUAAUUUGCAGGUAUGCCAUGAGGGCGAUCCCGAAGCGGCAUUAGUACAGUACGCGAGCCAUGGCGAGGCGUUGGCUGCCAUUAGGAGUACAGAAGCCGUGCUAAACAAUCGGUUCAUUAAAGUGUUUUGGAAGUCCAAAGACCAACAACAGGCUCACGACCAGACAUUCGGGCCUAAAGUGGAGGGCACUGACGACUCGGACGCCAACUCGAGGGCGAGUAUUAAAGACCGUUUGGGACCCAAAGUGAGCGAAACGGAGAGUGUGUUGACGGCUGUGAACUCGAGCGGAACCAUCUCUCGGACAGUCUUCGAUCCGUCGAAACUGAAGAAAAACAACACAACAAACGCUCAUAAAUUUCAAUAUUCCAACACUACUACGCCCAGCACUACCCAAACACUACCAACAAUUGUAAUUCUGUUUUAUAUUGUGGGCAAUAUAUGGCAAUUCACCUCAAAUAUAGUCAAAUACCAACCACAAUCUAUUACUAUGAUAUACCAAUAG